AUGGAGUACGCCAACCUCGGAAACUCUGGCUUGAAGGUCUCUCGUGUCAUUCUGGGCUGCAUGACCUUUGGCUCCAAGCAGUGGGUGGACUGGAUCUUGGACGAAGAAGAGUCGCUCCCUAUUUUCGAGCAUGCGUACAAGAUGGGCAUCAACACCUGGGACACUGCCGAUGUGUACAGCAACGGCAAGUCGGAAGAGAUUGUCGGCAAGGCGCUCAAGAAGUACAACAUUCCCCGUAACCGUGUCGUGCUCCUGAGCAAGUGUUUCUUCCCUGUGAACGAGGAUGGCGACGAGCCACUCUUCGGCCAGAAGAACGACGGUCCUCUUGUUAACCUUUCGGGUCUGUCGCGCAAGCAUAUCUUUGAUGCUGUCGAGGCGAGUGUCAAGCGUCUCGGCACCUACAUUGACGUGCUCCAGAUCCACCGUCUGGACCGUGAGACCCCCAGCGAAGAGAUCAUGAAGGCGCUGAACGACGUGAUCGAAAAGGGCUGGGUGCGCUACAUUGGCGCAAGCUCGAUGCUGGCUUGGGAGUUCCAGCGCCUGCAGAACGUGGCUGAAAAGCACGGUUGGCACAAGUUUAUUUCGAUGCAGAACUUGUACAACCUGAUUUACCGCGAGGAGGAGCGCGAGAUGAUCCCAUACUGCAAGGCGACCGGUGUCGGUAUUAUCCCUUGGUAUGCCGUUGCCGCUGGCAUUCUUACUCGCCCUUGGGACGACCACUCUACGGAGCGCGCUCAAAAGGAUGAUUUCAUGAAGUCGAUCAUGCGCAGGACCUCGACUUCUGCUGACCAUGAAGUGGUAAACCGCGUGGAAGAGCUCGCAAAGAAGAAGAACGUGGCUAUGGCGCAGAUCUCGAUUGCGUGGCUGCUGAGCAAGGGUGCGAACCCGCUUCUGGGCCUGAGCAAGCCGGAGCGCAUAGACCAGGCUGUAGAGGCGCUCAAGGUGAAGCUGACCGACGACGAGGUCAAGUACCUAGAGGAGCCUUAUCAGCCCAAGCCCGUUGUCGGUGUCGGCCUCUAA